AUGAACCAAACCUCCACCAGUUCAUCAUCCAACUCCACAACAAGCGAAGCCACCAUUACGAUUUCAAGCACGCAGCAAGACCCUCGCUGGCGAGACCGCCACCUGGAUGACGGCUAUGCACCGUCCAAGACUGGUGGCCCAGAUGAAACCUCAGCAUCAGCCCCAGAGCCCGAGAAACCAUCCCGGACAAUGCCGGGCAGCUACGGGGAAGAGGCAGAAUACAUGGGAGACUCCUCUUUGCCGACCAACUCCACUCAUAUCGUAGACACAUCAGUUCCUUCUUCCGAGAACCCCACCCCAACCACGAACUGCCCAGGCCCACUUGACCCUGCAACCGGUGAAGGGUAUUUGGACUCGGACGAGAACUGUGCCAUCGCCUGUUACAACAACCUUGUCUUGAACCAAGCUGGCGAUGCUUGUGUCUGCCGACCCACCUUUUCCUUUGAUCCAGUUGAAGUCAAGUGCAUUUGUGGCAGUCCGUUUGUCCUCAGAGGUUCCAAAUGCGUUCUGCUCCCAUCUCAAUUAGCAAAUUCUCGUCAUUCCAACAAAAAACGAUCCUUGAACAGCCAACUGCCAUUUGGGGUUGAAAUGUUGCACGGCAAGUAUCCUCGAACCGAUGUGGAUCGAUUGAAUUGCCCGGAUACUGAAAUUUCCUGCCCAAUGCCAACUGGAGGGUACGAGUGCCUCGACCCGGAUGUCACACUUGAUUCCUGUGGUGGGUGCAUAUCCACUGGCCAAGGGGUUGAUUGUCGCAACAUGACAGGGGCUGGGGAGGUGGGCUGUAAUGCGGGAGUUUGCCAAGCCAUCACCUGUGAGAUGGGAUACCGCCUAAUCGAUGGAAAAUGUAUCCGAAACCCACGCAGAAAAGCUUGA